UACUUGCUUUGUUUUUAAGCCCACGGGGGUUCACAAGAUAUCUGACACACGGCGCACAUGUUCCUCCUCACUGUACCUGUUUUUUCCACUUGUCAUAAAGUGGCUUUCAACUUGCGAAACCUAGCUGGUUAGCUGGAUGGCUACUGAUAAUGAACUGUUAUGCACUGUCGGACAAUCAGCUAGUGUGACUCCGGCUAACGCUAUCUUGCCAUCACUUCGUGCGCUGACGACAUGACAUGUCUGCAUAACUUUUUGUCUGCCAGACAUUUAAUUGCUGCCAUUUUUUCAUUAUGGACAGCGAACGCAGCAAUUGCAGGCCCCAGAUUGGAGACAAUAGCAAGCUAAGCUAGCUAGCAAGCCGCCGUGGCUGCUAAGCUAAGCUAAGCUGGCUAAAAGCUGUGUUGCCUGGUGCGUGUGUGGAGCUGCACUGAAAACGUCGAGGUGCCUGCACCAUGGAUCAGUUGGAUGUGACAGACUAAAUCACAGCAGCUUGUAACCAACCUUUGUUCCACAACCAAGAUCUGACUGUGAGCGACCAAGACUUUGCACCCCAGCAGCCCAGCUCCAACACAAUGUCUUCACAAUCCAAAUGGGAGAACAGCAGCACUAAAGACGUUGAUCUGAUGAUAACUGAGGAUGGGCUCAGUAAUGGCACCUGUGAAGUUGAGACUAUGGUAGCAUUGCACUGUCCUGGCGACAGUGGAGAUGUUACCGCUGAGGGUGACAAGCUUGCACUUGGCAAUGAUGGCAUGUCAGAGUUUUCAAACAGUGACCUCUCUCUGCCCGAGGUGUGCAUAUCCACCAACAGCAAUAGUUUUGAGGAGGAUAUGAACUAUGAGGUCCAACAAGCCUAUAGGAUAUUCACUGGCUUUCUCUCAGACAAGCACAAAGGGAUCACCAGCCCGUUCCUCAAUCCCAGCGGCCACCAGGAGGCCCAGCAUGGUAUUGGAGGGGUCCGUGGCUGGGGUCAGGCACAACUCAGGCAGUCCAUGUGCUUACGGAGGAUGGAGGAGAGGUUUAUCAACCAAGAGUAUGAGACCAUAACAGAGUUUGUUGCAGACUUCAGGCUGAUGUUGGAGAACUGUUACCGCUACCAUGGAGUGGACCACUGGAUCUCCAAACAGGCUCAAAAGCUGGAAAUCAUGCUGGAGCAGAAGCUUACAUUGCUGUCCAGGACGCUACGAGAGAAGACUACUUUGACAGUGACCUCUAAAGGCCGUUUUGGUGCAGAGGAGGAACGGGGUUCAGGGGGCACCUCAACGAGGAGGAGGCUGGCACCUCGUAGCCUGGCAACCAUCACUGUCGGUGGGCAUGAGUCCAUCAUGGUUCAGGCCCUACGGCUGGAAGAACAACAGAGGGCCAAGGAGGAGAAGAGGCAACGUGAGCUUGAGAAGAAAGAAGCGGAGGAAAUGUCAGCCAAAGAGGUGGAAGAGUGGGAGCAGACUUUGCUGUCCCAGGCUUCCCCCCACACCGUGGACACACUUUGGGAACUCCCUGCUAUAGGGCACUUCCUCUGUCUUGCUCAGACUGCACUUAACCUCCCAGAGAUUGUAUUUUUUGAUCUUGAGCGUUGUUUGCUGAUGCCCCGUUGUAGCCUCCUCCUGUCCAAAAUCAUGUCUUCCCUACUGUCCCCACCCCAGCGGAGGGCCACUCUGCUCCGCCGGCCUGUCCUGCCUUACCGCCGCUGGGAGUCAGAACUCAGGCAGCGGGUCAUGGGCUGGUAUCGAGCUGUUGGUGCCUCACGUGAUCAGCCAGGUCGGGCUCAGCAAUUGGGACUCUGCCACCAGUUUUUCAGCACUCUCGGGGAGGUGAGCCCCUUGGAGGAGAAACCCUUUCACUUGCUGCCCCUCUACCAGCGAGUAUGGCUUCUGAAGGGGCUGUGUGAUCAUGUGUAUGAGACACAGAAAUAUGUGCAGGAUGCUCUCCUGGCCCAGCCCAUCCAUGAAUGUAGGGAGUCUAUUUUGGGCUAUGACGGCAAGGACAAUUGCUACAUACAUUUUCCACAUUUCUGUGGGGCAGACCUGAGAAUCUACUGCCAGAGCCACAGCGCUACCCCAGUUUUCCCUUUCUCUUCUGUAUUGGUCAAAAGAGUUGAUAUCGAGCCAGGGACCGAGGGUGAAGAGUCGGAUGGAAUGAAGGAAGAGGAGGUUACAAGUGACAGAGGGUGUUAUGGAGGCUCAAUGGACACAGGGGAGUCUGACGGUUUUGCGAAGGGGAGAGCAGAGACACUUGGGGUUUUCAAAGGGGAAAUUAGGCAGGUAGAGGAAGAUGAUAAAGUGUUUGAAUCGUGGUCACUGAAGAAGGAGGAGGGGUCUGAAUCAGGGUCCUCUGAUGGAGACUCCUGUGAAGACUCGAAAUUGGACUCAAAAAAACACACUAACUCCUUUUCACACACUAGUCCUAUUGGAGGAAGUGAUGUGGAAAUGUAUUUGAAAGAAGAGUCCGAGCAUCAGUCCAAGCGGCUCACAUCAAAACAGGAGCAGGGCUUCUCGUUGAGCUCAAUACGCACCAUUAAAGCAGAGACACCGGAGCCCUGUCUGAGUGUAGGGGAGCACAGCUACACGGGCAGAUCUCCUGCUCGCUUAGUGAGUCUGGCCUCCCCACACAAACCAGUCAAAAUGGAAGGAGGAAGUCCAAGUCAACAAUACCAAAGGUCUCCCUGUUUGGAUUGUUGUAAAAGUAAAACUAGUACUGUUAAAUCUGAGGAGCAUGACUGCUGCUGUGGCACAUCAGGGCAUGCAACACAGUUGUCUUCGGAGAGUUCUCAAAAUUCCAGUGAAGAGAGGGUGAAUGACAAAAUCUGGACAAAAAAAAAAAAGCGGAAGAAAACUCGAGAGGGGGAACAACUGCCGAGGGUGAAAGGAAACCGCGAUCAGCUGCAGCAUGUUGACGGGGUGAGGCUGUCCUCGGCUGACACUACCAAAUCUGAAGUGCACAGAGUUGCCAGAACGAUCAAAAGAAAAGACAAGAAGAAAAAACAAAAAACAGGAAAAAAGCUAGAACCUUCAAAGAAAAUUAAAGAGGAACCUCCAGUUCAGCCAUCAUUUAAGUUGGUAUGCACCAGUCUUGAGGACUUGCGAGAGCUGAUCAGUAAGACAGAAGAUGAGCUUGAUGACCUGGAGAGCACCAAAAAGAGAUUGGGUCGGUGGUAUUAUAAGAGAGAAGCAGUGAAAGACCUCCACAGCACUCUAAUCAGACUACUGAAUGAGCUUUCACCCUGGGAACCCAAACUUGUUAAGGCCUACCAAAGGAACAGGCUCCGUUUGAAGAAGGAAUUUGAUGAAUUCAAGAAGCACCCAGACUACAAUAACUUUGUGCGUGAGGAGAGUAUUUCAUCAUCAUCAUCGUCCGAUGAUGAUGACGAUGAUGAAGAGACGGGUUUAGGGAAGGAAGUGUGUUCAUUUUCGGAUCAUUACGGAAGAUCAGAAGAGGAGGACCUGGAACACAUGGUUCCCAGAGGUCUUUGGAGUGGAGGAAACACCAGGGAGUUUGUGGCUGAGUCUGCUGGAGAAAGAACAGUGAACUACAAACCUCCCAACCACAUAAAACAACCUCUGGCCAGCACAGAGAAACACGUCCGUCUGCUGCCAAGAAGUCAGACUGGCAGCAGUAACAUUAUUUCGACCCCUGACUCAGGGCCACAAUCUAGAUCUGAGGUGAGACCAUCAAAUCAAUCCAGGGAUUCAGACUCAGCAUUGGCAGCAAGGGUGACAGCCCAGGCUCCUCUGUCACCUAGAACCCCCAUCCUCCAUCCCACCACUGGACUACCUAAGGGCUACACGCCCAUCCCCACCCUACUAGCUAAGAGUGUGGGAAACAAAGUGACCUUAAUGAAAUGGCCUGCUGAUUUUACGGGGAUCAACAUCAUAGAUAGACGGAGCAAAGGGUCUUUGGUCUCCCUGCCUACCUCUACGGUGACUACCACAAAACUUUCAAAAGCACAAAGCUCUCCAUCAAGUUCCCAGCAGUACACGCAGCAAAUGCAGGCUCAAGGACGACAACAGAAGGAAGUAGAAAGACAGCCAGGAAUGGCUGCAGGGACAGCAGCUCUUCCUAAAUCACCACAGACGAAACCUAACCAGGCUGUAACAAAAAAUCCUGUCCAGGUGGUGUACAAAGUAUCUGAGGGGCUGGGUCACCUCAUAAGGAAAGACAGCAGCAGCCCGGUCAAGAUUUCUGUCGUGGAUCAGAACACUGGGGAGAAGAUUAUGCAGAAAUUGGUGAUUCUGCCUUCUAACCUUCUCAUUCACAAAACUGAAGAACAGGUGCCUCCUCUACAUCAACAACAGUCUAAGGUCAUCCCGGCCCCAGUUUCUAAAGUGGCCAGCCCCUUCUGCAUGUCCACCAAUGUGCCUGGGUUCACUAUUUCCGAAAACAGAAUCCCCGUUCAGCAAGUGGCCCCCCUAAAAGAUGCCAGGACAGUGAGAACAUCAUUUUCUUCUGUUUCACCUCUACUGCAACAGGGGGCCCUAAACACAGCAGGGCUCAAGGUAGCACAAGCCUGCGGCCCCCAAGCUAUCACACCUCAAGGUGUCACGCCAAACCCUUCACCCAUCACCACAACUCUUUCUAGUGCAGUUUCUACUGAGUCUAUUAAAUCCACAGACCCUAAACAGGAGCUUAAGACUGUGUGUAUCCGGGACUCGCAGUCCAUCCUGGUAACAACUAGAGGAGGCAACACGGCCAUCGUCAAAGUCCGGACAUCCUCAGACCAUAACGCCCUUGGUUCUUCGCCCACCAGUCCAGUUAUCACCAUCUCACCUCAGUUAAAAGCCUUCCUCGUCUCCAAGACAUCACAGACUCUCUCUCCUUCUGCUCCCUCUCAGACUUCCCCUUGCACCUUCCCAGGAGUAACGAGUAUCUCAGUGGCCCAGGCUCAGAAGCAGAUUCCUUCACUAUUUAAGUCCCCUUCCAGCCUCACAACACCCAUGCUUGCCGCAGUCACUGGUAGCGUUCCUGUUACAGGCCCGGGAAGCCAGACUGCAGGCACUUCUGUGGCUAUGAGUCAAGGCUCCAACACCUCAGCUGUUUCUACAGUUGCAACAAAGAUUGGCCAGCUAGUGCAGACUCCAGCUGCUGGUUCUCAUUUUCACACUUCAUUAGUAAAAAACACUGUUGUUGUCCCAUCACUGAGUAAUACUGGUGGUGUCCAAGUUCUCAAACAAGCAGAGUUCAUCAGCAAGACCGGUAUGAAGCGGGCAAGUACAGAUGAGAGAUCCCAAGUUACUAAAUUCAUCCUUGUUACGCCCUCUUCUUCCUCCACCUCAAAUGUAGCCCUAUCAAAAGGCACACCCUCUUACACAAAAGCACUUCCUAGUUCAAGAGUCAUGUUUAUCAGCCAGCCAACAGCAACAUCAUCCACCACCUCUGUGGGAAGCUCUCCGAAACAGGCAAUGGCAACGGGGGCCAGUGGACAGCUGCUGACCACGUCAUUAGCUAGUCAGACUCUAAAGAUGGGACUAAGCACAGGCCAACCUGUUGUCAGCUCAGAAGCAUUGUCCAAGGUCAAGAACAUCACUCUGCCCUCAGGUGUUCAAAUCCAGUUGUCAGGGAAGACAACAGCCAUUGGACAGACGACGGGUGCUCUGUCACAUUCUCCUUCCAAGAGCACACCAGUGUCUGCCUCAGAUACAGGCCGUCCAACAGCCACCACCACUGGAAUGGUCCCGCUUACAAGUUCAAAUACCAUCACCAGCUCUUCUGCCCAGCUUGCCUCUAACUCUUCUCUGCUCACCAGCUGUCAGCUCCCUUCCUUCACCAUGUUCUCCCAACAAGGCUUUUCCACAUCCACAUCUACUGCCGCCAAUCUGCCCGCAGGAAACGUGAUCAAGAAGGACCUUUGUCCGCCUUCGAGUACACUGUCCAGCAACUCUCCUGCUCAGGUAACUUCUGCUGUGCAGAGAAGCCCAGCCCAGACCUCCACACCCAGUCUUGUCCGUCAUCCUUCAAAUAUCCCAAGUAGCUCUGGUGAGGAAAACACUUCCUUUUUAUCUCCGUCUCAACUAGCUCACAGUAAAACCCAAACACCCAUCUCCUCUGCAACAACCACCAAUAUCCCAAUCGCCACUUCAACUACGGCCACAAUCCAGCAGAGGAUAGUCAUCAACACCUCUACACCUCUUGCUGCUGGCACACAGAUUGUCCUUAACAAUGCACGUUUUGUAGUCCCUCCCCAGGGUUUGGGUCCAGGCAGCCAUGUCCUUAUCAUCUCUAGCCCUGCACCACAACAAGUGCCUACUGCCAGUGCUACCAGCGCUGGUGCAUCAGUACCUCCCCAAGGGGCAAGUCAUGUCCCUGUAGCCCCUCGAGCACCGGUUUUACCCCAAUCCCCAGCCAGGCUGCCUGGUGUGCCAGUAAUAAGUUCUCCUUUUGUAGCAUGCAUACCUGCUGUUGGUCCAUCAUUGCCAGCAACUACUCCAAAUGUCACACCAGUCAGACUAACUGGAAUGCCUGGCCUGGGCUCAACGUGGUUACCCAGUAAGACAAAUGUAGUGUCUGCUCUGCCUAGGCUGCCAGCUACACAGGUUGGUAACUGUGCAUCACCACCUGUAGGUACACCCACUCCGCCAAGGUUAGGCAGUGUACCAGCCCUAGUUUCCCCAGCAGUAACCAGUGCCCCUGCUCUUGACUCAGCCCUAACUACAAUCAGGUUAGCUGCUGGUACAGCCACCCCAGCUGAAUGUUUAUCCACCCUUUCGCCUGCAGUAGCACCCCGCUUGUCCAGAUUGUCAGCUCCUCUAUCAUCCUUGCCUGUUUUAUCCAGCCCAUUACCUGUUGCCCUGCCCAGCCCUGUCAUGCCACCCCUCUCCUCAACUGCAGCUCCUGUGUUAGCAGGCACACCAGCUUUGUAUUCUUCUCUUCCUGCCCAGCAGGUGAUUUCAAUGACAACCCCGGGCCCAGACAGCCAGCCACAGCACGCAGCAGUCGGAAUUGCAGCCCCGUCCACUGCUCCAUCACUGACUUUAAUGCAUACGGGAACACAUCAAGACACCACAUCAGUCAGAAAAACGGUGCCUGCAGUCAUGCAACCAGUGCUUGCUGGCGCACGGACACAGAUAUUGCCCACAGUGGCCGUCCCACCAAUUUUAAGUGUAGUGUCUAGAAUGCAGACGCUGCCCGUUGCUACAGUUCCACCAAUCGGAAGCACUUUCAACACAUUUGAAACAGCACCUGUGAUCACAGCACCUUCAUCCAGCAGCAGUGUAACUAUGACACUAGCUCAAAACAACACGACCCACCCACCUGCAGUUAUGAGCAAUCAAGCUCUUGGAAAGCACGGUAUGCAGACCUCAUCCUUAGGUAUACAUACCAAUGUGGCAUCCAAGCUACUCAUUAGUUCUGAUGGCGCUGUUUUGAACACAGUUCAGUGUCUGGUCAAUCCCGUGGCCUGCCCCAAACCACUGGAUGCACUAGUGGUUUCCCCCAACAGUCCCACUGGAGCAUUACACACACAUGAUUCCUCUUUACAGCCCUCACGGGAAGAAAGAAAGUGUACCAAGUAACUAAGACUGUGCCAGCUAUGUGAGGACUCGGACUACUUUCAGCUGCUUAGUGUUGCCAGGGCUCCUAUCCAUUACUUGUAGUAAUCCUGGGGUUAGUUAAAAACUGCUUUCCAGCUGUAGUUUGACUAGUUACUUACAUUUAGGAUACGGAAGGUUACACCCUUUGGUUAUAUCUUCUUGUAGGUAAACUGUAUGCUCAAUCAGACAUACUGGAAGUGUAUACUGUGAUGGUUUUCUUAAGUGACAACUGGUGAGGUUGCCCUCAGAUGAAUGUUGUAGACUCUUUACUUUUUUUUUUUUUUUUU